UGAUAGCAUGACUGGAAUCUGCGUGAAUGGAUGCUCGAAAGGAUUCUAUGGGGAUAAAUGUAUAACGGAAUGCCCAUUGGGUUAUUAUGGGUUCAACUGCACAAGUGUUUGUAGUAAAACAUGUUCUACGCCAAGUGUUUGUGACCGAUUUACGGGGACAUGCUUUGAUGGAUGUCUAACGGGAUUCUCGGGAGAUCGAUGCCUCAAUGAUGAUGGUUUUAGAUGCCCGAGCCUCGUUUAUAUUCUCUUUUUUGUUGUACUUCUUUUCGUGUUUGUAAGAAAGAAGAAGGGUACAACAAAUACAGCCGAUUCAUCGAAAGACAUAUCCACCUUCUUAAAGAAAGACAUGAUUUAAGUUAUGUAUGUUUUAGUUCUAACUGUUCAAACGGAGAUUUGUAGUAUCUCGUACAUUUGCCGUAAUCAUAUACAUGAUAAAUUUCAAUUAAAAUGUCUUUCUAAAAAAAACCUUCACAAUAGUGUUCCAAAUAUUGUGUACAUUUUUACCAGAAAAUAAAUAUUAUAGAUUGUUCAAUCUAUAUUGUUCUAAUAUUUUUACAUGCUUUCUCAGAAAAUCUUCCAAGAAAGCAGGUAAAAAAUAUUGUUCUGUUGUAAAAUUUAUGGACCUACUUGGUUUGUCUCUUUUCAGUUAUUGAUUAUUGGAAAUCAUGAUGUGAACAUUUUCAUUUAUUUCUUUCGAUUAAAUUCUCUUUAAUAGCAAUUUUUACACUUUUAUCG